AUGAAUGUCAUCCUCUCCAGAGAUACGCAAGUGAAGAUCAUGGAGAAGACCGUCUCCAACGCGGAGCAAUACUUUGGCAAGUUCUGCACCCUGAUGGCCGCUUACACCCGCAAGACGGCCAAGCUUCGGGACAAGGCGGACCUGCUGGUCAAGCAGCUCAUUGACUUCGCCAACACCGAAAACCCUGAGUUGAGGACAACCACCAAGGCCUUUGCAGAAGACCUGGCCAAAGUGCAGGACUACCGGCAAGCAGAGGUGGAGAGACUGGAGAUGAAGGUUGUGGAACCACUGAAAGUCUAUGGAGUGCUCAUCAAGCAAACCAAGGCUGAGAUCAAGAAGUUCAACCGCGCUCGGAACAAUGAAAUCAAGCAGCUGGAGAAGCUGGAGAAGAUCCGGCAGAAAUCUCCAUCUGACCGGCACAUGAUCUCACAGGCUGAAUCCGAGGUGCACAGGGCCUCAGUUGACGCAAGCCGAAGCACGCAGCAGCUGGAAGAGACUAUUGACGAGUUCCAGAAACAGAAGCUAAAAGACAUCCAGAAGAUCUUCCUCGAUUUUGUCACCGUCGAGAUGGUAUUUCAUGCAAAAGCUUUGGAAGUCUAUUCUAAUGCUUUCCAAACCCUUGAAGGUUACGAUCUGGAGAAAGAUUUGCAGGAUUUCCGAGCAAAAACCAACAUUGUUUCAGGAACUUUGCCCGUUGCAAAGCCCACGAACCCAUCAUCCACAGUCUCUUGGUCUACAGGCCCGCAGAGUGUGCAAAGUAUGCUCCAGAAGCUGACAUUGGUGGAAAGCGAGGAGGAAGAGGAGGAAGAAGAGGAGUCCGAUGGGAGCCACACACAAAACUUAACCCACAUCAAAUACCCUCCCAUUCGGCAAGUGACCAGCAGGAACCUGUGA